ACUCAUGGUUGACCUUAAAAAAAAUUAAUUAAUUCGGCUGGCUGCUUGAUGAAGUAAGGCUCGUUCUAGUUUUUAGUUUCUUUAAUUGAUUUAAUGGGCCGAGACCGAGUGUUUUGGGUGCUGGAUGCUGAAUGGACUGAUCAAUCGAUUACACAGAAACCCACCGAAAAAUGGCACCAACCCAAACUGAAAUACCAACAACAAAGACGAUGUAGUUUGGACUUAUAACUGAGCACAUAAAGGAGACUGUAGGCAAUAAUAAAACGUCCACUUGUGAUAUGAAUGAAUAUUAGUUUUAUACAAACGUUGAUUCGAUGAAGAUGACCUCGAGCGACGACAAGAAGAAGUUCUACUGCAGGGACUGGGCGUUCCAGAAGCUGUCGCACUGUCUGGACCAGAGGACGAUAUCCAAGACCUGCGGCGUCUUGCUGUUGGGCGGCUCGGGCUGUGGCAAAACCACGUUUUGCUCCGAACUGGCGUGGCCCAGCACCGGGCCCAGUGGGCGCCAGCAACGGGCCCUCAAUCGCCGACUGUUGUGCUACCACUUCCUGCAGGGCCACAACGAGAAGAGUCUGUCUCUGAGCGAGUUCGUGAGGUCUUUGGUCACCCAGAUCCUCAACCACAGCACGGAGAGCCACAAGGAGAGGAGCAUCAGGAGGAAGCUGGCCCAAAACACGGCCAGGAGCGAGGUCACGUCCCCCAAGACCGAUGAGCCCAAGAAUAUUUCCUAUGAGGGCAACUUGUCUGAGAAUUGUGUGCAGGAGAGUCUGUACAGCAACGUCAACGCCGAGCAGUUGCUGUCCCCCACUUUGGAGUCCAAAAAGAGCGACAAUGCCUCGGUGAUGCAGAACCUGCCGGUGAACCCCAGGACCACCAUAGCAGACGCCUACUUGGAGAAGCUUAAGCUCGACCCCGAAAUACAGAUCGCCCUGCGGGCCAAGAACAUUGAGCUAAACCCCGACGACUGUCUGAAGCGUGCCCUCUUGUUUCCGUUGCUGGAAAUCGACCCACCCAAGCAAAGCCUUUUCAUCCUCAUCGACUCCAUCGAUGAGCACUCCUUCGUGUACUCCAAUUCGACCCUAACCAGGUCCAAACCCAGGGAAAGGUCGUCGCAGAGCAAGACGAUUGCUGAACUCUUAGCCAACCAUCACCACCUCCUACCUCAGUGGUUGCUCCUAGUGUGCACGGCCAAAAAACAAUCGAAAAGCAUCGCCAAAAUGUUCACCGGCUUCAGGAAGCUCAGUCUGGACGACCUGCGCAAGUCCCAAGUUGUCAGGGACGUCCAGCAGUACAUCCUGGCCAGGCUAGACGAGGAGAACAGCCUGCGCCAGCACAUUUCGAGGGACACGGCGGAGAUGCUGAACCAGCUUCACAUUAAGAGUAACGGUUGCUUCCUGUACUUGGAGAAGGUGCUGGACGGGGUCUCGGACAGUUUUAUAGUGUUGAGGGAGGUCAGGGAGAUUCCGGGCACUUUGAACGGGUUGUACCUGUGGCUGUGCCAGAGGUUGUUCAAUCGCCGACAGUUUGCAAAGGUGCAACCGUUGUUGAACGUCAUCCUGGCCGCCAAAUGCGCCCUCAACGAGUCCCUGCUGCACGACAUCAUCAAAGUCUACAACCCCAAGAUCACCCACGAGGAUUUCAAGAAGCGUUUCGGGUUGCUCAAGAGGGUUAUCGUGGUGUCCAAGAGCGGGAUUAUUCGGUUGUUUCAUCACAGCUUCGCCGACUGGUUGUUGGACAUCAAGCACUGCACGCAGAAGUUCCUGUGCAACAUCUUCUACGGACACUGCAUUCUGGCUAUGUACUACACGUUGCACGCCAAACUGCUGAACAACCAGGAGAUCUACGACUACGCCUUCCAUUUGACCAGAAUGGAGCAGUUCCUGGCGGAGAAGCCGUCGCCCAAGUGUCCCACCUUGUACAAGUUGACGCAGGAGAGCAAAAAUUCCAAUACGCUGGGCACAGACUCACUGGAAAAAUCAUCGACCGAAAUCUACGCAGACCUAAAAGCCUUACAAGAACUAACCAAACACUACGAGAAAGACCUGAAUUUCGAACUCGAAAACCUGCAGCUAGACACCAGCUUCAUAGAAACCGAAACAAGCCAAAACAACCUCGACUCGGAAAAGAACGACGUGAACGUCAUCCUGAAAAGUCCCACGUCCGAAAAGGACCCAAUAUACGCCUCGGUGAACAAAAUCAAAAAGAAAGAACCACCACCAACCCAACCACCGGAUGAGCAGAACGCCUGCGGCCCGAACGACAACGACGUGCCCGAUGUGGAAGACAAACAACCCACCAAUCUGGAUCAGCUGCACAAGAUGUCGGAUCUGACGCACAAGAGCACGCCCAUCAACUUGGACAGCGUGCCGAACGACCUGAACGCCAGCACCGCGUCCAACAACUUGGACAACGCCGCCAAAAGUCAGGGAUUCGACGUGCACACGUUGACGGUGCUGUGGCUGAUCUUCAGCGGCGCCCACGUGGAGGAGUGCCUGCUUGAGGGCAACGAGAUGUCCGGCAUCAACUUCGGAGCGUUCCUGCCCACCGAUCAGAAGGUGCUGAAGCUGCUGCUCGAAGCUGGGGCCGUCGAACAGGUGGACGCCGACGGCUGCGAAUACGAGAGUCAAAUGUCUUUGGUGUCCUCGUCGAGCGAGGAAAGCCCGGAACCGCUGUUCGACCUGCAGGACAUCCACGGACAGGCGGCGUUGCACGUGGCGGCGCGUCUCGGCCAGGCGCAGGUCGUCAAGGUACUACUGGAGGCGGGCGCCAACGCCGACCAAGCGGACGUCGACGGCUGGACGCCCCUCAGGGCGGCGGCCUGGGGUGGACACACCGAGGUGGUGGAGCUGCUGGUGAAACACGGCUGCGUGCUCGACAGCAUGGACGCCGAGAACAGGACGGCGCUGAGGGCGGCCGCCUGGUCCGGCCACGAGGAGAUAGUCAAAAUUUUGCUGCAGAACGGGUCGAACGUCAACCUGACGGACCACGAGGGCAGGACGGCGCUGAUAGCGGCCGCCUACAUGGGACACUCGGAGAUCGUCGACCAUCUGCUGGACUACGGCGCCGACAUCAACCACGCGGACGCCGACGGUCGAACCGCGUUGAGCGUCGCUGCCUUGUGUGCCCCAAGGUACAGUGGCGAGCAAAAAUCUCCCGGGACAAGCGUGGUGGCCACGCUCCUGGAACGCGGAGCCGAAGUGGAUCACAAGGACAAAGAAGGCAUGACCCCCCUCCUGGUGGCCUCCUUCGAAGGCCACAAGGACGUCUGCGAACUGCUUCUGGAGAACGAGGCGGACGUCGACCACUGCGACCACGGCGGCCGAUCGCCCUUGUGGGCGGCCGCCAGCAUGGGUCACGCGCCUGUUGUCGCCCUGCUGUUGUUUUGGGGCUGCUGCAUCGACUCCAUGGACUCGGAAGGGAGGACCGUGUUGUCGGUGGCCGCCGCACAAGGUAGUUGUGUGGAGGUGGUGCGUCAAUUAUUGGAUCGGGGGUUGGACGAGUUGCACCGUGAUAACUCGGGGUGGACGCCUCUGCAUUAUGCCGCCUUCGAAGGCCAUCACGACGUCUGUGAGGCCCUUCUGGAAGCUGGGGCUCGUAUUGAUGAGACCGACAACGAGGGCAAGGCACCUCUAGCUCUGGCGGCCCAGGGUGGACACACAAACUUAGUUAACUUGUUCAUCGACAAGUACGGGGCGCCUGUAAAUCAGCGCCCACAUGAUGGCAAGACGGCGUUAAGAUUGGCAGCUCUGGAAGGCCACUAUGACAUCGUGCAAAUCUUAAUAGCCCACGGAGCUGACGUGGACGUCAAAGAUGCUGACGGCAGGAGUACUCUGUACGUCCUGGCUUUGGACAACAGGCUCGCCAUGUCCAAGUAUUUCAUCCAGCAAGGAGCUGACGUGGAGACUAGAGACUUGGAAGGCCGCACCUCGUUGCACGUGUCAGCAUGGCAAGGACACACGGAGAUGGUGGCCCUGUUGCUGACGUACGGGAAGGCUCAGGUGGACGCCUGCGACUUGGAGAACAGGACGGCCCUGCAUUCGGCCUCCUGGCAAGGGCACAGCGACAUAGUUAAGAUGCUUUUGGAGCACGGAGCCCUUCCGGAUCACACCUGCAACCAAGGCGCCACAGCUUUAGGUAUUGCGGCUCAGGAGGGCCACGAACUGUGCGUAGUGGCGCUGCUGGAGCACGGUGCCGAUCCCAAUCACUCCGACGCCUGCGGCAGGAAUGCGUUGAGGGUGGCGGCUAAGAGUGGUCACCGAGGGGUUGUACGACUGUUGGAGGACUACAAUGCGAGGACGCAUCAAAAGGCAGCUCACACCAGCAGCAGCGCCAACUCCAUAACUUCCGCUUCAACAGCCGAAACUAAGCCUUCUUGUGCCGUACUUUAUCCUGGUACCAGCGAGUGGUCCGACCAGCAGAGGAGGUCGAUGAUUUCGUUGGGCAAUCACAGUUCGAACUCGAAGUCCAGCUCCAACUUGACCAAUUCGAGUCACUCGAGCCGGCACGGCGAUAGACCCAGAGACACCACACAAAAUACACAACCUAUGUCCUUCACGCAGCAGCUUCAGCAGUGUUCACGGGGCGGCAAAACUAGGCCUCUCAGCAAACUGCUGUCGCCCCUCCAAAGCGAGCCACAAAGCCCUAUUUAUGCAUCACCACCUCUCUCACCGGUGCACGACGUGUCCAGCAACAUUUUCGGUGCGAUGAACAUUUACCAGCCGGUGCUCAGGCACAACAACUUCGCCAAGGCGCCGGACACCCACUUCGCCCGCGACACGCACAUGCGCAUCAUCCUGGGCAACUCCAGCAACUCCGCUUACGGCAAGGACAAGAAGGGGGACGCCUCGGAGGCGGGCAACACCAAGUCAAGGCAAGAACAUUCGAUUGUUUUAAAUUGUUGAGACUAAUCGGUUUUUAAUGAGCAGCCAGAAGCCAAAGAGGAACGGCAUCGUGCCCAACCUGACGCCCGCCCUGCGCCUGGUGGCGAACGUCAAGAACGGCCUCGACAGUGCUGCCGCCAACCUGCGUAAAUCCGCCUCCGGCAACAACCCGAGCACGAAGACGAACAGCUUCCACUGGCGCAAGGAGACGCCCCUGUGAGCCACGCUUCGGACAAUUGUGAAAUAUGCUAGUCAAUAUUAAGGUUUUAAUGACGUAUAAUGAAGAAAUUAAAACGACACCAUUAUACCAACCUAGUCUACAUUAUAUCAAAGAUUUAAUUUUUACUAGAUUCGCUCGUUUUCCAAGUGUAAUAAUUUAUUUUAAGGUAGUCAAUGCGUUUUAAUCAUUAAAACGAUGAUUUGUUUGGCCUAAUUUUCGUUGGUAUGAGACGAUUACUUUCGUUUUAAUUGUGAUAGUAUUUGCGUAGUUUCUAUUUGAAAAAAACCAGUUGUGCAGUUGUAUACUUUAAACGGGAAUUUGUUUUCGGAAACUGUAUUUAUCGAACAUUAUUAAGCAAUUAAUAGAUUUUAGAAAGUUAUAAUGCUUUACAAUGCAAUACAAUAUUAGUUGUGUAUAUACAAAGGCAACAACAUAUUCAUACAAUCAAUAAAUUCUCCGUUUUCGUUGUAAUCUGAUACGUAAAAUUAACGAUUAAAAAAGGUGCAUGUUUCGAACCGUUCUGUGUCGGUUUGUAUAUACACAGUGAACAAACUCAUACAUACUAUUUUAUUAUGACUAAUUUUAACUUAACUCCAACAAAAAUGGAUGUUUCAAACUAAAACCUUUCGAUUUUUCGUUCUAAAUAACAUAAUAAGAUCUCAACUAUAUUUCAAAAAAAUAAUAUUUUUGUAUUAUCUAUUAGUUUUUAAGAUUGAUCUUGUAAAAAUGUUGCGUGUAAUGUUUUACUUCUCGUCUUGUAUAAUUCAACUGAUUUUUUUUUCUUAAUUUAUUUAACGACUCUGAUGAUCUGUACGGACUUCCGGUUUCCGGUUUGCUUUCGUCGAAACGGUGAUUGGAAGCUUGAGGUCCAGCUAUGCCUACGUUAUUUAUCUUUAGGACUUUUAGUUUUUGUACAAUUUUUUGAAAAAUCGCACUGUAUAUUUAAAGACAGUAUUAAAUAAAAAUAUAUACUUGAA